AUGAACGAAUACCGUAUUGUGGAGAAGUUGGCGACAGGAAGCUUUGGCGUGAUCUUUAAAGUACGUCGUGUAAAAGAUAAUAGUAUCUUUGUCAUGAAACGCAUUGCUCUCACUGACCUUGACGAAAAACAACGACAGGAUGCGGCACAAGAAAUACGGGUGAUGACUCAUCUUCACCACCCUUUUAUUGUUGCCCAGCGUGAUGCAUUUAUAUUCAAUAGUGAUAGUCUUUGUAUCGUUAUGGAUUAUUACGAUGGUGGUGAUCUUGAUGCUCUCAUUACGCGACAACGCGAAAAGGAUGAGUAUUUGCCUAUGGAUCUUGUUAUGACGUGGUUUGCCAGUAUGUGUUUAGCAAUUCAAUACCUCCACACAAUGCGUAUCGUUCAUCGCGACCUCAAGACCCACAAUGUUUUUCUCGAUCUUGAGACCAAGGAAGUGGCUAUUGGUGAUUUUGGUGUAGCAGAAUUUUUAGACGCGCCUCCAUCGUCGCAGCCACCCCUCAUAAGACGGCGCGAUAGCGAUUCAAACACAGAUGGUUCCCGUAGUAGAACCCCCAGCUGCUGCAGCAAUAGAGGUAGCAAUAGUAAUAGUGUAGCUGCCGCUGCUGCUGCUGCUGCUGCCGCCGCUGCUGUUGCUGGUGGAGGAAAUGGAGUGAAUGGCAUUUUCGGCGGUGGUGUGCGGGGGACACUUCUGUACAUGGCGCCGGAGGCCCUCGAGAGCGGCGUCUGCAGCCCGAGCUCCGACGUCUGGUCGCUUGGUUGCAUUUUGUAUGAAUUGUUGAGUCUCCGGCAUCCGUUCGAGUCGCGGGAUAUUGCGGCGUUGAUGGUGCGGGUGUUGGCGGGGGCACGGGAGCCGCUGCCGGCGCAUUAUCCCGCUGAGGUGCGGGAGUUGGUCGAUCGCAUGUUGGCGCUGGACCCGCAGCGGCGGCCGAGUUGCGAGGAGAUCCUCCGCAGCCCGGCGGUGUGCGGCUACGCGCGAAGAGUCACAGCCCAGCGUGUGAUGAAGGAGCCGCAGGACUCACCUGUUCACCGUACGUGGGAAAUGCAGAAACAGCAAUUCGGCAUAAACAGCAAUGACAAGGGCAAUAGUUCCUGUAAUGAUAAUGGUGGUAAUAGUAAUAAGGAUUAUCACAAUGCCCCACUACCACAAGCGACGAAGCCGUUGAUACCACCAUCGCAGGAGCGGGAGACGGCGGAACUGCAGGCGAAGCAAAUCGUUGUUCCCACACCGCAGUCGGAGCCACCACUUUCACCUGGAAAUCUUGGAUUUGGAGACGGUACGAAUCAGUCACGAACACAUUUGUUAUCAUCAUUGAAACCUCGUGAUGAUGAUAGUAAUGGUUUCUCCUCAUACGCCGUUAGGCAUUGUAGUACUCCAUUUGGUGAUGAAAAAGGUAAUUUGAUUGAAAGGGAUUCAUUUGGAAAUGAUCAACUCCGCCGUACAUUACCAUUGUAUGCUGGUAAUGUGGAGGAUAUGCGGUACAAGCCACUAGCAUGUAUCGAGGAAGAAGUAAGGCGUUACCGUCAUCUUGUGCAAAGUGAGAUGAGAACCCAAAAACAGCAACGUGAUGCAGCAAUGCUCAAGAAGAAAUUUGACAUUGAUGUAACCGUCCCAACACCCUACCGUGCAAGCAGUGUAUAUUUAGGGAAUUCACCUACAGAAGUAAUGACACCCGAACUUUUUCUUGCCUCUCAGAUAUUAGCAAAGAAUACACAACUCUCAAAUCCUUUAAAAACAGGUGUUCAUGUAAAUGGCAGUAGUAGUACUAAAAAUGAGAACUACCCACAUGAAAACCUUGAAGCCUCAUUGGUAGAACAACGGCGAAACUGUGUUGACAGUGCUAUACAGGUCCUCGGUGGUGACACUUUUCUUACCGUGUAUAACUAUUACAAAAGUGUCGAAGUGGCCAACCGUGAUGUGGCGCGAGUGAUGCAGAUGGUACCAGUUCGUUCUCGAUGGCAUAUACUUCCAGUAGUUGAGGAUGUUGUCGUGAUUGAACGUUUGCUAGAACAGAUAAAAAUUGUCACGGGUUCGCCUUGA